GAAUGAAUUGAUUCAAUCCACCAAUCCGAAGCACCCACGAUUUUAGCAGCUAUGUUUGUUGUAACGUCUGCUAGGAUGGCAGCGAUAAAAUUAAUUUGGUGUUUGUUCAUAAAUUUAACAGUAUAUGUGAUUCUAACUGUAGCAGGGAGAGACUUUUAUGCCAUCUUAGGAGUACCACAAACAGCAAGUCAACAUUCCAUAAAAAAAGCUUUCAGAAAGUUGGCAAAAGAACUGCACCCUGAUAAAAAUAAAGAAGAUCCAAAUGCCUCGCAAAAGUUCCAAGAUAUAGGUGCUGCUUAUGAGGUUCUUUCCGAUAAUGAAAAGAGAGAAAUGUAUGACAGAUGUGGAGAAGAAUGUUUAAAAAGAGAUGGUAUGAUGAAUAAUGCUGAUCCUUUUGCAAGUUUUUUUGGAGAUUUUAGUUUUCAUUUUGGUGGGGAAUCUCAGCAUCAACAUGAAACACCAAAAGGUUCUAACAUUGUAAUGAAUUUAAUGGUUACGUUAGAAGAAUUAUAUAGUGGAAAUUUUAUAGAGCUCACAAGAAAUAAGCCAGUUACGAAGGCAGCUAAAGGAACUAGAAAAUGUAAUUGUAGACAAGAAUUUGUCACUCGUAAUUUAGGAAAUGGAAGAUUUCAAAUGAUGCAACAGCCAGUGUGUUCAGAGUGUCCAAACGUUAAAUUUGUUACUGAAGAGCGGGUAUUGGAGGUUGAAGUAGAAGCUGGUAUGGUAGAUGAGCAGGAAGUUAGAUUUACAGCAGAAGGUGAACCACAUAUAGAUGGAGAACCUGGGGAUUUAAUUUUGAAAAUACGAACUCAGCCACACCCAGUUUUUGAGAGAAUUGGUGAUGAUCUCUAUACAAAUGUUACUAUAUCUAUGCAGGAUGCCUUGAUAGGCUUUAAAAUGGAUAUAGAACAUUUAGAUGGCCAUAAAGUGACUAUUCAGAGGGAUAAAGUCACCAAACCAGGGGCUCGUAUUAGGAAGAAAGGAGAAGGAAUGCCUAAUUAUGACAAUAAUAAUCUCUAUGGUACUUUGUAUAUAACAUUUGAUGUUGCAUUCCCUGAAACAGAAUUUACAAGUACACAAAAGGAAGAAAUACAAAAUUUAUUUCAACAAGACUCUGUCAAUCGAAUUUAUAAUGGAAUACAGGGAAAUUAG